AUGAGUGCAAAAAGCCCAGGCUUGAGGAAGACAACACCUGGAGCAUCGCUCGCCACAGCGGGCGCCUACCUGUCCAAGUGUGAUAAAGAGCAGAACGAGGAGCACCCAUUCUCGGGUGACUCCGAGUUUGAGUCCGACUCGAGUGAGAAGCCAGACGGACUGACAAUGGACGAACGAGUCGAGAAGGCAAGCUCAUGGGACCCUUUCGCACAGCUAAGUCGUAACCUACGUAACUACCCAGUUGUCGAUGUUGUUGGCCGGUACACUGUCGACGGCAAGCACUACAUCCUCCUGCUGGAUGGCACAGAGAUGGAGGAGUACAUGCGCGUCACCGAUAUGUAUGGUCCGGAGCAGACGGUUUACACCUACAAGGAGAUCGAUGAUCAGAACAUUACCACGGCUGUUAACGCUGCCCGCAACCAAGUCAUUCAAAACCAGGAGUAA